AUGGCGUCGGCGAAGAAGCAGGUCGGCAAGUACGAGAUCGGCCGCACGUUGGGCGAGGGCACCUUCGGCAAGGUGAAGCACGCCGUCAACGUGGAGACGCAGGAGGCCGUGGCCAUCAAGGUGCUGGACAAGGAGCGCAUCCAGAAGCAGUCCAUGGGGUCGCAGAUCAAGAAGGAGAUCUCCAUCAUGAAGCAGCUCGAACACGCGAACGUCGUCAAAUUGAACGAGGUCCUCGCGAGCCGGACGAAGAUUUUUAUCGUGUUGGAGCUCGUGACGGGCGGCGAGCUCUUCGACCGCAUCGUCACGUCGGGCAAGCUCAACGAGCACGACGCCAGGUUCUACUUCAAGCAGCUCGUGGGCGGCGUCGCGUACUGCCACAGCCAGGGCGUCGCGCACCGCGACCUCAAGCCCGAAAACUUGCUCCUCGACGAGCAGGGCUGCCUCAAGAUCAGCGACUUUGGGCUGAGCGCGCUCUACGACGGCGAGGACGGCGCGAGCCGGUCGCAGAUGCUCCACACGACGUGCGGCACGCCGAACUACGUCGCGCCCGAGGUUUUGAUGAACGAGGGCUACGACGGCCGCAUCGCCGACUGCUGGUCCAUCGGCGUGAUCCUCUACGUGUUGCUGGCCGGGUUUUUACCGUUUGACGAGGGCACGAUGCACGCCCUCUUCCAGAAGAUAAAGGACGCGGACUACGCGUACCCGGACUUCUUCACGAAGCCCGUCACGGAGCUCGUGGACACGAUCCUGGUCGCGGACCCCAAGGCCCGCGCGACGCUAAACGACGUGCAGAAGAACGCCUGGUUC